AUGGCGAAUGGGAAAGGGGAGAAGAUGGUUACGCUUGUAAGCAAGGACGAGAAGGAGUUCAAGGUGGAGGAGAGGGUGGCAAAGAAGUCAAAUUUGUUGAAGACGAUGAUCAAGGAAGAGGUCAGCAUGAAUAAGCCAAUAAGAAUCGUCAUUGUGAACGGGGAUGUUCUCGGCACCGUCUUGGAGUACUGUGAGAAGCAUGCGAAGGCUGGGGAGGGGGAGGGGGAGGAGCAGAAGGCGAUGAUGGAUGAGUUUGAUCAAGAGUUUAUGGAAAAGACGAACCUUGAUAUGCUUUAUGGUCUGAUGGUGGCUUCAAAUUACUUGGACAUUGAGGGAUUGUUGGAGCUCACAACGCAGAGGGCUGCCGAUUUGAUCAAGGGCAAGAAACCUGAAGAAAUCCGCGCAUUAUUUGGUAUCAAGAACGAUUUCGAUCCUCAAGAGUAUGCCAAGAUUUCUAGGGAUUUCUUCUGGGCUUUCAAAAGUUUGAACCUCUCUUCAAAGGAGGAGUGA